AUGAACAGAGAAUCUACUAGAUAUGAUGGAGCUGCCGGGCAAAAUGCGGAGCUCCAAUUGAGGUUAGAUCAGACACUUUUACACGUAGAAGAGCUUCAGAAGGAGGCACGGGAUAUCCGGAGGGAGAUGAAAGCUCGUCGGGAACGUGAAGAAGGAGAAUAUUCCUCGGGGGAGGAGCGAGAUGAUGAUUAUCCUACACCAAGAAACAUUCUCUUCAAUGAAAAGCGAGAUUCCCGGGAGACCACGUGGAAGGAAGAAGUCUCUGCAUAUCGCGAGUUGACACAGUCAAUGACUCAACAAAACCAACAAAUCGCAAAAUUGGCUGCACGUCAAGCUGGGCUGAAGGAAUUGCCACGAUUCUCGGGAGAUGUGGAAGAAUGGCCAAUUUUUCUCAACCAAUAUGAGCAAUCUGCGAAGACAGGUCAAUACACAUCGGCUGAAAAUGUUUCUAGGCUGGAAAAGUGCUUGUCUGGAGACGCACGUGAGGCUGUGAAGACGCUCCUAUCCAUCCCAUCCAGUGCAAACACAAUUAUCGAUAUCCUUCGCCAGAGAUACGGCAAUCCUCGACAGCUAAUGCUUCGCUUGUCCUCGCGUGCAAAAGAAGCAGAGAAACCCAAAGAUGACAACCCAAUGUCUAUUAUCAAAUUUGCUACAAUUGUCCGGAACAUUACAUUUGCACUUAAGACAUUGGAUGGAGGGAGAUAUCUUUUCGGUUCCAAUAUCCUUGAUGAACUGGAAAAUAAGCUCACCCCAAUGAUGAAAAUGUUGUGGGCUGAAGUGAUACACUAUAAACCGGACUAUACAGUGGUUGAUCUGUCAAACUGGCUCGAUAAACGAGCAGAGUUAGCCCUCAGCAUUGUCCCGCUUGAGAUUAAAGAGAAUACAGAGAAAACUGAGGAACGACGCCGUAAACCAUUAAAAUCAGGAAAUGCUCGCUCUGUGUUUGCUGCAAAUGCAAAGGUUGGUCAGUGCAACAAUUGUGAAGAGGAGCAUUACACCACCGUGUGUCCAAAACUCAAAGCGAUGACACCUAAUGAGAGAUACGAGAAAAUAAAUGAAUUGAGACUUUGCCGAUGCUGUUUUGGUCGCAAUCACCGAUGGAUCAAGUGUUUCAGACGUCGAGAGUGUGGAAUCAAUGGAUGUAAGGAAAAUCAUCACCGUCUCCUUCAUGGACAUACGGAUCCCAAGAAGAAAGCUCAGGCCAUGCAAACAGACAAUGAAGGUGAACAGAGAUCUCCUGAUAAUACCCAAAGAAAAGAUAAGGUGAAAACGAGAGUUGAUGAUGUGAUGAUUGAAGAUAAGCAGCAAAGUGACCAAGGAAACGAAGUCCCUAGUUCUAACGAAACCACGUACUUGAACCGUGUGUGUGCGGCUGCUAAUGUCUCUAAAAAUGGACUCGUAAUGUUGCGAGUAUUACCAGUAGUGGUGAAAAAUGUGAGUACCGGCAGCACUCACAAAACAUUUGCUCUGCUUGACUCAGGUGCUACGGUUACUUUAAUUGAUAAAAGCGUUGCAAAAGAAUUGGCAUUGGAUGGGACACCAGUUCCUAUGAAUUUACAGUGGUUGGAUGGCACGGUCCAAAAUCGGAAUACUGCGACACGUGUGACAUUACAAGUUAAGGGACAGCAGUCUCAAGAAAAGUGGUUUGACGUUGAUCUCUGCUAUGUUAUUGAUGGAUUGAGACUACCUGAAGUAAAUGUUGACAGAAACAAGUUGAUUCGGGCUUAUCCCUAUUUAGCGAAAGUCAAUUUCGAAUCCAUAAAGGCUGGGAGACCAAAACUGUUGAUUGGAGAAGACAAUGCUAAGCUGAUUGGUACUCAGCAAAUGGUGCAUGAUAAGAAUUACAAACCCGUGGCGUCUUUGACAGCUCUUGGAUGGGUUAUAAGUGGAGUAGUGGAAUACCCUGGUAACAAAAAUGCAAGGAAGAAGAUAGCCUGUCACGUGUCAGAAUGUCAGGAACUCAUUGACUUGAUUAAAAAUAGCUUUAGCCUGGAGAAUGUUGGUGUUAAACCUUUAACAGCACCAAUGAUGUGUAAAGAAGACAAACUUGCAGUUGAGACUCUUAACCGUACAACAAGGCGCGUGGGAGAUAGGUUUGAAUCAGGUCUUCUGUGGCGAAUGCCACAGACGCCAAUGCCUACCUCUAGAGCAGCGGCUUGGACGCGACUCAUGCAAAUUGAAUCCAAGAUGGAUCGCAACCCAGAAUUUGGGCAGGAAUAUGUGAAGAAGAUGCAAUACUAUAUAGAUCAGAAUUAUAUUGUUCCAUUAGACGAAAAGGACUUGAACACCGUAGAAGGAGAGACGUGGUAUCUGCCACAUUUCGCUGUAUUUAAUCCCAAUAAACCGGGAAAAAUCAGAAUUGUUUUAGACGCAGCAGCAGAGGUUGACGGUGUUUCACUGAACAGCCGCCUAACGAGUGGACCGAAUCUCAUAGUAUCCUUGCCGAUUUUGUUGAUGCAAUUCCGCACAAAAUCUCAUGGAUUUGUGGGAGACAUUAAAGAGAUGUUCCACCAAGUGACCAUCCGUGAUGAAGAUCAAAAUUACCAGCGUAUUCUAUGGCGAGGUGUAGACCGUGAUGUUGUGCCCCGUGAAUACAAGAUGAAAGUUAUGAUUUUUGGGGCUACAUGCAGCCCAACAAUCGCAGCUCAUGUGAAAAACAUGAACGCGACAGAAUACAGCGACCAAUAUCCAUUGGCUGCCCAAGAAAUUAUUAAAAAACACUACGUUGACGACUACUUGGGUUGCAGUGACAGUGAGGAUGAAGCAAUUCAACUCAUUCAAGAAAUCAUCGCAGUGCAUCGCAAGGGAGGCUUUCAAAUAAGAAAUUUUGUCAGCUCCUCGAAAAAGAUUCUUUGUGCAUUGCCAGAAGAAGUCCGCCUACACAAAUCCGUCGUUGAUCUAGACUUUGAAAAUAAAUUCGAGAAGAUCCUUGGUGUAUGGUGGGAACCCUUGACAGACGUGUUCUCAUUCAGAUGUGAAAUAAAGGUGUCUCUGGAUACUAUACCAACAAAGCGACAAGCACUGUGCACACUGAUGAAAGUGUAUGACCCGUUGGGGUUUGUAUGCCAGUUUGUUAUUCGAGGGAGAAUUACUUUCCAACAAAUCUGGCGAUCUGGAAUCAAGUGGGAUGAUGAACUGACUCCGGAGAUGUAUCAGAAGUGGAGAGCUUGGGCAGCUCAGUUAAAACAACUAACUGAGGUCGAGGUCCCACGUUGCUAUGCAUCAAUCGAAAUGAGGAAAGGGCGUGUGGAAUUACACACCUUUACUGAUUCCAGCGAAGACGCUUAUGCAGCAGUGACAUACCUGCGGUUUAUAACCGAAGAUGAGAUCCACGUGUCAUUUGUAAUGGCGAAAGCCAAGGUUUCCCCUUUAAAAGCGGUGACAAUUCCUCGAUUAGAAUUGCAGGGAGCAGUUCUCGGCUGUAGACUAGCCAACUUUGUUUUGGCAGAUUGUGGUAUUGUCGUGCAUGAAAAGAUAUUUUGGACAGACUCAACUGUUGUUCUUAAGUGGAUCAAAUCUGACUCACGGACUUUCAAGACAUAUGUUGCACAACGAGUAGGUGAAAUUCAAGAAACAUCUGAUCCCAGUGAGUGGCGAUGGGUGCCAACCGAACUGAAUGUCGCAGAUAUAGCGACCCGUGAUAAAGGAACGACUAACUUUUCUCCGACAUCACCAUGGUAUCGAGGUCCAGAGUUCCUUUAUGAAUCAGAAAGUGCGUGGCCGGAAACGCAACAAUCUUUAGUGGCGCUUACCAAAAGUGUGAAUGAUGAUGACCACUGGGAAUCUCCAAUAAACAGCAAACAGUUUGUAAAAUGGCAUCAUAUCCACAAGGUCGCGGCUUACGUACAUCGUUUUCAACGAGCUUGUCGAGAACGCUGGAGGACUAAGAGUAAUAAAGAGCAUCCCAGGUCAGGAGCUUUAGACGCAUCAGAUUGGAAAGGAGGAGAAAUUUACUUGCUCAGACUUGCUCAACGUGAAAGUUUUAAUGUCACCAAAGAUUUGGUCAAGAGUACAAGUUCCACGGACUUGCUGCCAUUAGACGUAGAAAAGGGUGAUGUCCUCUAUAAGUUCAAUCCGGCAACCGACCAAGAUGGGCUUGUACGAGCGAACGGACGAUUGCAGAGAAUGCCACGAGUAUCGCCAGAAUUUAAAAAUCCCAUUAUCCUGCACGCUGAAAAUCGUAUUGUGCAAUUGCUGUUGAGUUCGUAUCACGAACGUCUUGGACAUUGGGGACCGGAUUAUACUCUGGCUGAGUUAAGAACAAGGUUCGAGAUUAUCAAGGGAAGGACUAUUUUGAAAAGUUUGCAGCGUGGAUGCAAAAAGUGUCAAAUUGCACGAGCUAAGCCAAGUAUUCCAAUCAUGGGACAGUUACCCCCAGAGCGAUUGGAUUCACAUGUGAUUCCGUUUACGUAUACAGGUUGCGACAUGUUCGGCCCAAUAAUGACAAAGGUAGGAAGAAGCGAGGUGAAGCGCUAUGGAAUGAUUUUCACCUGUUUAGUUACCCGCGCUAUUCACCUGGAAUUGUGUACUUCAAUGACCACUGACUCAUUCUUAAUGGCACUCCGAAGAUUUUUCGCACAUCACACCGUGCCAGCGAAGAUUCUGUCUGACUGUGGCUCAAAUUUCCGGGGAGCGAAGAAAGAGCUUGCAGAUGAAACAUCAAAACUCAAUUUGAAUGAAAUCGCAGAUAAGAUGGCUCAGUUAAACGUGGAGUGGAUUUUCAAUCCUCCUUAUUCACCUCAUAUGGGCGGUUGUUGGGAGCGACUAAUUUCAUCUGUAAAACAUGCUCUAAGGAUGUCAACCGAGUUUACAAAACACUCGCCUAGUGAUGAAGUGUUAUCAACACUGUUCGCCGAAGCUGCCAAUAUGGUGAAUAGCCGUCCUCUUCUGGAGCUAUCGGAUUCAGGUGAAUCUUUGACGCCGAAUCACUUUCUGCAUCAUCAUAAGUCAUCUCUGACUUCCGGAGGCAUAUUCGACGACAAGGAUUUGAUAUUACGCAAGGAAUGGAGGAAGGCUCAAAGAUUGGCGGACCACUUUUGGCAAAUAUGGUUGAAGCAUUACGCGCCUACGUUGACAAAUCGCCCAAAAUGGAGAGAAUCAGGAGAAGCCGUAAAAGUCAAUGAUCGGGUUGUGGUCAUAGAUCCGAAUCGUCCCAGGAACUAUUGGCCGAUUGGAAGGGUAAUCGAAACGAGGCCGGGCUACGACGGCAAGGUGCGCAUCGUGAAAAUCAAAAUGGAGGAUGACGGUAAAGAAUAUGUACGCUCGGUGGCACGUCUGGCAGUUCUCCGCCCCCCACCACUUAUUGAGGAUUGA